AUGUGCGGGGCCACUAUGGGGCAAUGUGGAGUCGAUUCGCACUCAAGACAGUGGAAGCGGCGUAGUGCAGACAUCGGGGGGCUUCAUCUGGCUACUGGGAACAGCGGACGGGGGCAAGGAUGGGUAGGAACCGAAGUUGAAACUCGAUUCGCAGAGCUUCUCAGUGACAUGUACAACCAGACAUUGCAUGCUGUCAAUGAAUAUAAUCCGGAUUUCGUCCCUGCCCACCUGCCCAACGAAGUUCGAUCUCGGCUCAUCAAUACGUUGGAUUCUUGGCACUUUGAACCCCAUAAGCUCUUAGACGAUGAGGUGCUAGCAUGCACUUUGAUUCUUUUUGAGGCGGUUCUUCGUAUCGAGGGGAUGGAAGAAACCAUUUGCAUAUCGAUGAGACAAUUAUCUGCUUUUGUUCAUCAUCUCCGUCAAAUAUACAGAUACGAGAAUACUUACCACAAUUUUGAGCAUGCUCUCGAUGUGCUCCAGGCAACUCACUCGUAUCUACGAUCAGCGGGCAUGGUUCCCCCAGUCUCGAUACUACUAGAACCUGGACGGAUGUGGAGGGUCAAGAAGAAGUUUGAUAGCGGUCCUCUGAUAACAAGUCUGGGGUUGCGGGACCUUUUUGUGCUCUACGUUGCAGCCAUUGGACAUGACGUUGGUCACCCUGGAUUCUCAAACGUUUUCAUGAAAAAUGCGCAGACCCCGCUCUCCAUCGUAUUUGACGGUAAAUCUGCGCUGGAGCAGAUGCAUUGCCAACUCCUGCUUCGAGUCAUGCGAUAUCAUGGACUGGGUCCUUUGCUGGAUGACGCGAUACACGGAAGUCAUUUCCGUAAACUACUCUGGAAUACGGUUCUUGCGACUGAUAUGAGUGUGCACUCUGAUUUCAUGCGGCGCUUUGAGGAGGCAAUAGAUAAUAAUGAGGGUGCAUUGUAUACCCGUCAGGUCAUCAUCUGUCAAGCGAUUUUAAAGAACGCAGACAUCAGUAACCCGUCUCGCCCUUUCACUGUGUCGCAGCAUUGGGCAAGUGCUCUGAUGCAAGAAUGGUCAUCUCAAGCAAAGUUAGAACAGCACUACUCUCUCCAGCAGACAGUUCAAGCUUCGAGUGAUCCCCUUGCGGAAGCAAAAAGUCAGAUUUUCUUUACGAGUAUGUUUGCAAAGCCCCUUCUGGAUUUGACUGUCAGAGCGAUACCGGAGUUGGCUAUGUAUGCACAACAAUGUGAUUCGAAUGUGGAGAGCUGGAAACUGCGGCAAAUCGAGUUACAGUCCGGUCAUAUUGAAUCAACCGUCGAUGACAUGGCGCAUGAGCUCUCACCUCCAAGUUUUACUCGACAGCCUAGUGAUUAUCAGUCAGCGUUUCCUCUUACUCUUCCGCAGGGACCAGCAGUUGUGUCGCUAUCAACAUUGUCAAAUACCUCGACAGACUCGAUUCCAGCGUCUCCUUGUGGAUCAUUUUCAUCAUCCAUCAUCUUCUCACCUACUUCUGAGUCGCAUGUUUCCAACGAUCCUGAGCCGUCAUCUAGCUCCGGCAUGAGCAGUAAUAGUGGCACGAGCGCUGUAUGUCACCCGCUCGAUUUUACGCAAGACAACUACGCGGCUAUUCGUGCCGCUGGCAAGUUGAGCAUUCGUCAGCAUAAGAAGAUCAAUCGGAACUCUUGGUGUGCCACGUCGACUUUGUUCAACCCGCCUCCCCUUUCCUCUCCCGCACACACACCGCCAAACUAUCCGCCUUCGGCUCUUAAGCUUCCUCCACCCCCUGCCUCGGCCCCCUCGCCAAAUGGAGUCCAGGCCCGGUCCCCCGUUACAUUUUUGAAGCCGCCAUCGAGGAAGACCUCUGCCUCGUCUUGUUUAGCGCCCGGGAAAGAUCUGGGGGAGACCGCCUUGUCAAAGGCGAUCAAGGCGCAGGCUAGUCCUGUGGUUUCAUGA